GGAUUCUCCUCGUGAAAAUCAGUCAAUCAAAGCAUCAAAGAGGAGGAGCCUGUUGGAUAAGCUUCAGGGUUUGGAGCUUCCACCAUUGCCACAUCUCAGUGGUUCUCCUCAUGAUGUCAUAUAUUUAGAGGAGCCCCAAAAUAUCUCACCACCAAAGAAUCCGGCUCUACUGAAGCUAAUGGACAAGUAUGCCGAGCACUCCAAGCCAAGGACACCUAGAGCAGCUCAUAAGGUUAAUCUCAGGUAAUCUUGCAAACAUUCUGUUAGAUCUUUUUUUCUUUCUGGACAAUGUAAGGUCUAUUCAUUGAAUAUGUUCAACUUAUCAGCCAGAACUUCGUAUGUUUAUACUUUAAAACUAGUUGCUCAAUUUAAAGUCUUUCUAUGACUGAGCUACUAAAACAAAGGCUCACUCUUUCACAUCAGAUCUUCCCAUCAAUAUUAGAACAAAAUACGUUGCCAUGUUUUUAAAUUGAAACUAGAAACUGGCUCUUGGCUUUGAUGUUUCUUUCAACCUGGUCAUUUUGUUUGCUUUAUUGUGGUUUACAAUAAUUUAUUUUUACAGUAUUAUAUCAAAGGAGGGAGAAGAAGGUACUAAGAAAGAGUUGAAGCUUAAAUCUUUGACAUAUCAAGUUCAACAGGAAGAUGAAAUCCUUACAGGCGAUACACCAGGUAUACAUUUUAUUUCUGUAACUGUAAUUUAAACUAUUUUGGGAUCUGUUCCAAACAUAUUAUGAGCUCUAUACAGAAUAAUGAAUACCAUUUUAUCUCCACAGUACCUGAAUAGAUGCGCCACUUUGCAGAUUUUUUUCUUAAGUCUUGCUAAAAUGGCUGCCAUUUGUCAGUAAUUUCACAUAAUUAUUAACUUUAAUUAUUUUUUUUUAAUAUUGUGAAAAGGCGCACUGUCACCAGCUACCUCAGUUCCAAAGAAUUAACUAAGAUAAUUUGAAAUAAAAUUAUUGCAACAUACAUAAUCGUUUUGUUAAACUGGUGAUAGUUUUUGCAUAGCUGAAAGUUGAAGCUCAAAUAACAGACUACAAGUUAAUAUCUGUAAUGUGACAGCAUGACUUAGGUAGUGAAAUUUUAUAAAAGAUUUAUUAGUGGCUUUUUUUCCAAUUUUUUAAUAAUUUCCAAUGCUAAUAAUUUCAUUUAAACAUCUAAAAGGCUCCAAAUUGAUCAAACUGAAACAACAGUUGGAUAUUGGGAUGAAAAUCAAACGAGAAGAAGCUCGCCAACGGAGAUUAGAGCUUUAUGCUCUUGAGAAUGAGGAGGGCUUUGAGGGUGAGAAAGAAGAUGAAGAAGAGGAGGAGGAGGAGGAGAUGACUGAAAGCUCAGUUUCAAGUGAGGAUGAAGAAGAGGAAGAGGUUGCAAUGAUGUUUCAAAAUGACAACUCGGAUGAUGAGAAAGAUGUAAGUUCAGAUCCUUGCCCUGUCCACAAAAGAAUUACAUUUUGAAUUAAUUUUUCUUUUAGACUUAUUAAUAUUGUAUUGCUCCGUACACUAAAACUGAAGAGUGAAUUUUGAUUUCUUUCAGGUUCCAUUAUGUUGAUGAAUUUUUAAGUUAUUUCAUUGCAGUACAACCCUUUGCUAGAUACAGAAGCAAGGGAAGACUCAGACGAAGAUGAUGGGGGGUCUUGCAGUGAUGGAGAAAAGGAAACCAAUGUAGAUGAAGAUUCAAAUGAUGUUCAUCUUCAUUUUGAUGCCUCAGAAGAUGAGGAAGAAGCUAAUAAAAAUGAUGAGGAGAAAGCUGAAGAGGAUGAUGGUAGAUAUAAUUUUUUUUUAACUAACAAUAAAGAUUUACUUACAUCAAGAAUAUUAGUUCAGUCAAUGAUGGCUUCUCUAAUAUUUUCCUUAGGGCUGAAUUGGCUUUCAAAUUUUUUAGUACACCUAAUCAAUAUUUCUUAAUUUAUCAUAAACAAAUGUCUAUAUUUGUGUCUAUAUUUGUUCCUUGCAGAAACAAAUGUCAGAAUGGCAACAUUUUUUUCAUUCCUUUCAGAUGACAUCCUUUUAUUCAGUCGCAAAAAAAGAAAAUCUAAGGUUGUACAGAGUGAUGACGAAGAUGAUGAUGAAAAUUCAGCUUUAAAAGAUAGUUCAAAAAAAGUUGAUGACAAGAUGGUGGUGGGGACUGACAGUUUAGUAAGCUCAGACAGAGGUAUGGAUAUUUUAAAAAAAAAAAGAAGGAAAAAAAAAAUUAUUUUAAAAUAUAGUGUGGAUCUUUUACCCUUUUUUUAAUUUGAUGAUUUUGAUGCAACUACACAGUUAUUUGAAAAACAGACACAGUAUUGUGUGAUUUUUCUCCACAAAACCACUCAAAAUAUUUCAUGAAAAAACACAGUCUGUUAUUCCAUAAUCUCAUUGAGCGCAGUAGGCAAACAUAUUUUUGUGAUUCAAAGUCUGAAGCCAUGCUGUUAUGCAUUCCUAUGUGACCACUGGGGAUGCUCAACUCUAAUUUUAUUUCAGAAAAUUAGAGUUGAAAUCAUAAUUUAAGUUAUUUCUAUAAAGAUUUUAUGUACACAAGCUGUUUCUUUCUAUGACAAAAUGAUUUGAGUGAGUCUUUAUCUUUUAAAAAAAAAAAUUUCUUAUAGUCUAAUCAGUGCAAACAUUCAUUCUAUAUAUUUUAUAUUUUAAUUCACUAUUUAGAUCCUUUAAUGAGCUUGUGGUCCAAUGAAGCCACACAAAGGGAGGCAUCACACUCAAGUCAUCAGGUACUUCUUUCUUUUGUUUUAACCAUGUCUCCUAUCUUUAAAGACUACUGAUUUUGUUUUAAUUCUGAUUCUGCUUAUGUAUUAUUUAAUAUUUAUCUUCUGUUUAUCUCUUCAUUGACAAGGACAAGCAGAAGUUCAGAAGAGAAAACUCUCAAUCCCCAGACUUGUAUGCUUCAGACGUCAGUCAGUUCACCUCUGCACAGCAUGAACACAAUGACUCUUCACAGUCUAUCACCAAUUCACCCAUGUUGGAUAAGGAUGGGUAAUAAAUAAUUCUCUCUGCACUUUAAGGAUUUUUCUAUAAAAAUCUUGUUUAAACAUUAAGAAAUUUUAAUACUGGAAAGAUUGUUCAAUUUCUGAUGUCCAAAUCAUUAGCUGACUUUUUAAAAUUUCCCAUGAAAUAUAAGGACAAGGUAUGGUACACUUGAAUUCAUUGACAGGACAAAACAUUGACGUUUCGGCUAUGAGCCUUCAUCAGAAAACAAGACCAAAAAAUCUGAUACUUUUAUUGUUUUGUCUUUUUUGUGAUGAAGGCUCUUAGCCGAGACGUCAAUCUUUUGUCCUGUCGAUGAAUUCAAGUUUACCAUACCUUAUAUUUCAUUUCACAACUUGAAUGCAGUCCAUCGAUUAAAAUUUCCUACAAGUUUAUGGUUCUCCAAAACCAAGUUAUUGACCAUAAUAACCAGGUUAAAACUAACAUGUUGCAAUAUUAAACAAUUGUAAAAUCUUUAUAGUUUUGUAAAUGAUUAAAUAGGAAGAAGCCAUCUUGUUCGGAAACAGCCGGAGGUCUCUGUACUCAGCUCUCACCUGUGGUUCCAAGAAGCUGUAACAUGCACAGCGACUACAACCCAGACAACGAUUCCAGGUUGAGGGUAGCCGAAGGGCAUAGAACUUUCGGAAAAAAAGGGGUUGUCCCCCAUAGCAUGUAAAGACUGAAUCCGGCAAAUUGUGCUGAAGAACCACUACUUGGUCAACGGACAAAAGGCGGAGACAGCACAGUGGUGUGAAUCGCUGAGAACAUGACCAGACACGUAGAACGCCAUGGUCAUUCACUGCAUGGGUGACUGGGUGGCCGAAUGGUCUAAACUGAGCAAACCUCAAUUUCAGCCAAAGGCCGGUCAAGCAAAAACAUCACCCCGGGUGGAUGAGACUCGUUAACCUUGGUCGGCAACUCAUCUAAGAGAAAUACAAUGUCCAUUCCUGCAACCGUACCCAUCCCUGGUCGUCUUGACGUAGAGUCUUGCCACUGGAUAUGGUGGGCUCGGACGAGAGAGUGAGGUUGACGCUGCGCAACUCUUCCUCACUUUAAACAAAAGUCACCAGACUCGAUGGUCAUCGUCGAUCCUCGACUGACGAACAACAAAAAAUGAUUAAGUUUAAAUGCAUCCACGGCUGUAAAGAAUUAGGGUUAGGCAAAACUGCAUGAUUGAACUGUGUGAUUAAAUUAUUUUUCUGACCUCUCUUUCCAAGGUUUUUGUCCCACAAAAAACAACCAAUCUUCAUCUUUUUAUUAGAGACUCCAUGUGCAUUGUUGCCACUGGACACUGUUCAGCCUUCUUAAGAUCCUCUCUCAACACUUACGCAUGUUAUUUGUCAAAUUUCAUACAAACCAAGCAAGAGUCUGGAUAAUAAUUUUAACAUAGUCCUUUUAAUAUUUCUAAUGAUGUGCUUCAAAUGUAAGCAAAAUUAUUACAAAAAAUUAUAAAAUCUGUGUAUAUUUAAUAUAACGAUUCUACAUUCCGAAGGUUUAUCAAAAUGACCCAACGACCAGAGUACAAAAUAUCAAGCUUAGCCAGAGAAACAUCUUUUAAACUACCUUCAAUGGAAUCGUCAGGUAGGUUAAUUUGAGAGCCUCAUAGUGUUCAUGCAGCAUUUAGUACCUACCUGCUAUCGAGUCACACCACAUAAUGAAUGCACAUUGGAAAGCUAAAUUUUUUUAUUUAUUUUUUUUAAAGUUAUUUUGAAGGGUAUUAUUUCUCUUUGUAAAAAAAAAUUGCCAAAACUCAUGUAAAACAUUGUUUCUUCAUAUUUCAGAAUCAACACAACUGACAGCAGGAAACAUAUUUAGAGGAAUGAAUAGUCAAAACGGUAAGAAUCUCUAACACAAUUGAAUCCUGAAAUAUAAUAGCUGCUAAAAUCUGUCAAAUUACUGUGCAUCAGUUACUUAAAUGAUUUUUAUUAUGUGACAGAUUUCAAAACUACUUUCAGCUGCCUGUAUAAAAAUAUUUUGAGAUGAAUUCAACAACGUUUAAGAUAAGAUUCUUUUGUUGAUCCAAAUAAAUGUAAAUGCUUUUUCAUUAUAUUCUACGUAUUCAUUUUCAGCAUAUAAAUAAAUACAUAUUUUUAACCAUGACAACAUUUUACAGUUAUAAAAUUUAAAUUUGAGACAUCUAAAGUAUUUCUCUAGCAUAGCAAAUCAGCCAUAAAUGAACUCCUUUAGUGACAAUAAUGACUUAAUUACUGAUCAUUUAGAUUUGGUAAUCACUGGGGGAGCACGCUGAUAAAUUCAUGCAGACUGGGGAACAAAAUAAUUUCUUUUGGUCGUAAGUUCAAGAGAAAGAAUUCACCCUGAUCUAGCUGAUCUCAGGUAUAUGUGAUGAAGUGGGUGGGAUGUAUUAUCAAAACAUUUGUUAGUUUUUCAACAGCAUUUUUCUUUAAAUAGUUCAAGUGAAGGAUGUUUAGUUUGUAUGAUAUUACUUGGGUUUUUGAUUAGUCCAUUUAAUUGGUGUUUUUUGUUGCACGAUCAACUCCCACACCACCAGGUAAUACUGAAGUUUAGCAGGCUUCCAAUUGUUUGUUUACACCAAAAUUGUACAGCUUUUUUAAUCCUUCAUGUUAACUACGCUUUUGUUUGUGUUUUUGGCAACAUCUUCAGACUGCUAAUUAACCACUUCCUGUCAUCAUAUCAUACACUCGUUGCAGUUGUCUACACACACUAUCACAUUUUCAGCCCAACCCCAAAAGUAAUGUUUUUCCUGUUUUUUAAUUUUAAGGGAAAGAUGAAUGAAAUAUGAUUUGUUGAAUGUUUGCAUGUUUUGGUGUGGAGAUUAAUUGUAUAGCUGUUGCUAUGUGAUUUGUGUUUAAACAUAUCUUAAGACUAUUAGGUUUUACGUGCACUAAGUUUGAUAAAAACAAUUCGCAUACCAAAGAUCAGUUGCUACAAUUCCAUAAAUGAAAAAUCAUGUACAAUGGCAUAAAUGCAAAUAAAAAUGCAUAUAAUAAUAAUUAGACGUCUUAUAUAGUGCGGUACCCCAGCCUAGGGCUGGCCUCACCGCGCUGUACAUAAAAAUUUUAUCAAAAGAGACAUAAUCAUGACAUUAAAAUAAAAUACAUUUAUGAAAUAAAGAACAGAAUGUAUAUUCACCCACCCCACCACAUAACUUUUACAAGGCAAACCAUGGACGGCAGCCAGCAAGAUCAUUAAUCGGUCAGAGGAGGCGAAUCAGUCAGGGUAGUAUAAUUUAAAAAGAUAUGUUUUGAGUGCAGUUUUGAAGGCCUGGGUGGUUGGUAUAUUGCGUAUGUUUAGUGGCAAAGAAUUCCAUUGUUUUAGUGUGUGUCUUGGGAACGGAUUCCUACCGUAAAAAGGUUGUUUAAUUUAAGAUCAAGUCUUUGGUUGACAUUUUUAUAGAGAAAUUGCAGUGUUCAUGCCAUGUCAGCUUAUUAUUAAUGGUGUCACCUUUGUGCUUAUAUGUCUCUACUUGUUCUAUAUGGUGACACCUCUUUGCUUAUAUGUCUCAACUUGCUCUAUCUAUACUUUGAUUAUUUAUUGUGAGAUCUGAAAUUGGGUGAUGCCCCCUCCAGUAAUGGAUAAACAUUUCUUUUGUAUUUAAACAAUAAUUUAUUAUUUUCUAACACUGGUUUUUAACCUGUGAUUUGCUGCACUCAGUGGCGGAUCAGCAACAUUCAGGUUUCAUGAAACUUGAACUAAAGCAAAGCAAAAACAUUAUUUAUUAUUUUUAUUAGCCAUAAUUCUCUACAUUACCUCAUGACCUGAGCUUGCCUUAAACAAAAGUACUUGGGAUGGAGAAAACAAUGGUCCCAGUCUUAAAUAUGCAAUGUGUAGAAAUGUAUUCUUAAAGCUGUGUAGUUGAGCAUGUGCUGUUUGGAGACUUCUUUUCUGCACUCAUUUUGUUUUAAUUAUGUAUGUCCUGAUUAUUAAAAAAAUAGGAAGGGUUGCCAUAAAUAUAAAUUAUUUUGUUUAUGAUUUUCCCCUUCUACGAAAAAGGUUUAAAAACACUUCCCUGGCAGGUCCUCAGACAUUUACAUGUAGAUCACCACUGUUGUAAAUUCAUGGUUUUAUUUACCUCCCUUUUAGCCAUAGAAUCCAGCCUUCCAUUUACAGCAGGUGACAUUUUUAAAAACCUAACAACCCAAGCCAGUGGUGGUGUCAGAGCUACUUCAGUGGAAGAAACAAAUGAGGAUGAGAAUAGCAUGGAUCAAUCAAUGGAGCGUUCAUUUAGAUCCAUUAGGUAA